AUGUACACCCGCUACAUUCUCCUCCUCGCGACAGUCCUGGCAACUUGCAAUGCCGUCGCAAUUCCAAAACCAGCACCAAUCGCGGACCCUGCUGCUUCUCCUCAAGACUUCAAGCGAGCACUAGAAGAGAAGCGUCAAUACGCGUCGUUCAAUGACUACGCAGAUGGAUUUGACUACCCCAAAACGGCGAAGACCGUUCGCGAGGCUUCAACUUGA